AUGGGCGAAGAAUUUCCGAUCUUGGGCGGUAUAGGGUUGUACGCUGCUGAGAUUCGAGGUGAUGGCAACUGCCUCUUCAACGCUCUCUCCGACCAACUGUACGGUCACCAGAAUGAGCACGCCGCCAUUCGCUCGCGUGUCAUAGACUACAUGCGUGAACAUGCCUCAUACUACAAACAGUUCAUCGACGUACAUCCCGGUGGAGGCACGAGACGGAAUCCCAAGCGGAAGAAUGCUGGAGCCUACUCGUCACCAGCGAACUUCACACCCCCGACCUCUGCCGAUAUCGAUCGCGUCUUCGACAGCCACCUGCUGAGCAUGGCGAGAGGUGGAACAUACGGAGACAACAUGGAGAUCACGGCCUUCUCUUCGGCCUUCGACUACGAUGUGAAGAUCUACCAACGAGAUUUUGCCUAUAUGGUGUCAGGUAGUCAAGGUGGGGACACAUCACGACCAGUAGCACACAUUGCAUACCAUGCUUGGGAACAUUAUUCAUCCAUACGGAAUCUUGACGGACCUCACACUGGCAUGCCCCACGUAUUGCCGAAGGCCUUGACGCCCGAAGAAGAGCAGAGACAGAGAGAAAAGCUUGCACAAGCACCUCACGUGCUCCCGUGGAUGAUCGACGUGGUGGAGAAGUCGAUCCCUUGGAUAGCGGACAAAGCGACCAUUAAGCGUGCCAUCGAAGCUGCCAAGGGUAACAUCGACAAUGCCGUCUCGGCUCUACUGGAUGCGGAGGGAGAUAACAGCUCAUCGUCGCAGCACGAGAACUCGAGCGUCGAGCGUGACCACAACAGUGAUGACGACAUGCAUGAUGGGCCGAACAAGAAGCAAGACAGACGUAUGAGCAGAGCAUCACGAGCUCAAAGAGAGCAAGGCUCGCACAGCCGCCACGCUCUAUCACAACUGUCGAAUUAUGAUGGCAGUCAAGAGUCUGUCGGCAGCUACGACUCGGAAGCGUCGAGCCAGCCGGAGUCAAUACAGUACUGUCGUGACAGCAGACCUAACACACAUCUGCCUGCCGAUGCUGGUAUCAAGAAGGAGGAAUCGCUAGGCACAUCUACGCCGCCGUCAGACAUACCUGCUAAGCCUCAACCGCGGUUAAAGCUCCUGCCACCAAAGCCACCCGAUCCAUCACAGCAACGAGUCGGCAAGACAAAGCAGAGGCAACAAGGCCCGUCUGCAUCACAGUCGAAGGCACUGAAGAAGCAAGCUCAGAAAGCAGCUCGCAAAGAACGCCACCAGGCCGACUCGAAGAAGGAGCGCACACAAAGUCCAUCAAAGCUGGGCAUUUCGUUACGUGCUAGCGGCAUGACCGAGACACCUCCAGUCGUCGACACAAUGCGGACGCUCUACAUAUGA